AAAGAAAUCGAAACCACUGGUUCGAAUUAGUUUAAGGGCACUAUCACAUCUUUUUCUCCUCUUCUUUUGUUCUUUCUGGCCAUCGUUGUCGCUGUAUUCUUGCCACGAGAUAUAGCAGGUGUCGACGAAUUAGAGCGGAUUAUUUGUGGAGCCUAAUUGAAUUGCAUUGGUACGUUGGAGGAAUGGAGUCGUGGUUGUUGGAGGUCAGGGUUAGAAUUUGGUCGGCAACCUACUACCGCCGUCUGAAGCGUAUAGGCAGAAACGUGUUCAGGUGGCGAGAUCGUCGGAGGGAUGGCGACUCGGGGGGCGACUUCGGGGCUGACUCCGGGGAUCGCCGCUGCUAACUCCGCCGGCCGGUUUUGGGCGCUGGCCGAGGCUGGCACCGGCGACUCUGACGACGACGAUGGCGAUUCGGAUGGCGGGCCUGAGGGCACGUCGUCCCCCACCCCAUCUGAUGCGAUUUGCAAGCCCUGCGGGUGGGAUAUCCUGAGGAAGAGGUGGCUCUGCUGGUGGACAUGGCGAUUCCGUCCGACGAUCCGGCGAGGAGUGGCUUGCGGGCAGAGGACAAGAUCGAAAUCGUUAGACGCGUGGUUCAUCGACGGACGGCGGCUAUAUCGCCGUGGAAGGGGCCCUAAGGUUAUCUUCAGAACCACUGCAUUGAUCCGUAUGUGGUCGCUACUCACUCGAUGGAGGCCAGGGAGUGUUUGGUUACUGGGUCUACCCGAUGAGAGAUGGCAGCACGGAAUAUUUUCAAUCGGUUUGGAUGACGGUCAUCUAAUAGGAUAGGCAUGUAGUGCUCCUACCUUUUGCCAGCCGGUUGUGGCCUUUCUUUUACUGCUUAGCUCUUCGUGAGCCUUUUUUUGUAUUUCUUUGUUCGAGACUUGGAGACUUUUGUUAAACCUUUUGUUUAUUAAUAAU